CCUGUCAAAACUAACAUGGUGAAGACCAAAUUUGUAAUUUCAUACUCCCUACCCUCGGCGAACAGGCCUCCACUCUCCACUCUCCUUAUACUCAUCAUGUUGAUGGCUUCACGUCUCUCCUUUUCUCGCUCACUUCAUCCGUUACUAAAACACUCUCCUACCAAAACUAAAACUCCUUUUUGUCGAUUGACCCCUAAACAUUUGAACAAAUCUUAUUUGUGUCCUCUCUGGUCUCCCUGUUUCUCUUUCUGUCUCCAGUCUCUUCACUAUCGUAAUCACAAGUCCAGAAUUACCUCUCCCACUUUUUCUUUCUCUGCUUUCUCUUCACUCACUCCUCCGAUGGCCGACGUGUCCGUUGAAGCCAAUCCUUUGUUGCAAGACUUCGAUUUUCCUCCUUUUGAUGCCGUUAAAGCCGAACAUGUUAGGCCUGGGAUUCGUACUCUUUUGAAGCAGCUGGAAAAUGAUUUGGAGGAACUGGAGAAAACAGUGGAGCCCAACUGGCCUAAGUUGGUGGAGCCAUUGGAGAAGAUUUUAGAUCGGUUGAGUGUGGUUUGGGGAUUGAUCAAUCAUCUUAAGUCUGUUAAGGACACUCCUGAACUCCGUUCUGCCAUUGAAGAAGUCCAGCCAGAAAAAGUGAAGUUUCAGCUGAGGUUGGGACAAAGUAAACCCAUCUAUACUGCAUUCAAGGCUAUUCAAGAAUCUCCCGAGUGGCAUUCAUUGAGUGAAGCUCAAAAACGUAUAGUGGAAUCUCAAAUAAAGGAAGCAGUUCUCAAUGGUGUUUCGCUUGAAGAUGAUAAAAGAGAACAGUUUAACAAAAUUGAACAGGAACUUGAAAAACUAUCUCAAAAGUUUUCAGAGAAUGUGCUGGAUGCCACAAAGAAGUUUGAAAAAUUGAUGACAGAUAAGAAAGAAAUUGAAGGAUUGCCUGCUACUUCUCUUGGAUUAGCUGCUCAAACAGCAGUAUCCAAGGGGCACAAAAAUGCAACUGCUGAGAAUGGGCCAUGGAUAAUUACUUUGGAUGCUCCAAGUUAUAUGUCUGUCAUGCAACAUGCUCGAAACCGUUCUUUGCGUGAAGAAAUCUAUCGAGCUUAUAUAACUCGUGCCUCGAGUGGCGAUUUGGAUAAUACUCCAAUCAUUGACCAAAUAUUGAAGUUGAGGUUGGAAAAAGCAAAGCUCCUUGGCUACAAUAAUUAUGCUGAGGUCAGCAUGGCAACCAAAAUGGCUACUGUUGAUAAAGCAAUAGAGCUAUUGGAAAAGCUUCGUAGUGCAUCUUGGAACCCUGCUGUUCAAGAUAUGGAAGACCUUAAAGCUUUCUCCAAAGCUCAAGGUGCAUCAGAAGCUAAUGAUUUAAGCAAUUGGGAUAUCAAUUUUUGGAGUGAGAGGCUUCGUGAAUCAAAAUAUGACAUCAAUGAGGAAGAACUUCGGCCUUAUUUCUCAUUGCCAAAAGUUAUGGAUGGCCUUUUCAACCUUGCGAAGACACUUUUUGGAAUUGACAUUGAACCAGUUGAUGGUCUUGCUCCUGUUUGGAACAGUGAUGUCAGAUUCUAUUGCGUGAAAGAUUCUUCUGGUAGUCCAAUUGCAUACUUUUAUUUUGAUCCAUAUUCUCGUCCAUCUGAGAAACGGGGAGGUGCCUGGAUGGAUGAGGUUGUUGCUCGAAGUCGUGUUUUGUCACGUAAUGGGGUUGCUGCCAGGUUACCUAUUGCACACAUGGUGUGCAACCAAACACCGCCAGUUGGGGACAAGCCAAGUCUUAUGACCUUUCGUGAGGUUGAGACUGUAUUUCAUGAAUUUGGCCACGCACUUCAACAUAUGUUAACCAAGCAAGAUGAAGGCCUAGUUGCUGGCAUUCGAAAUGUUGAGUGGGAUGCAGUUGAAUUACCUUCACAAUUCAUGGAAAACUGGUGUUACCAUAGGGAUACUUUGAUGAGCAUUGCAAAGCACUACGAAACUGGAGAGAGUCUCCCAGAAGAUGUGUAUAAGAAGCUGCUUGCUGCAAGGACUUUUCGUGCUGGCUCCCUUAGCCUUCGUCAGUUGAAAUUUGCAAGUUUAGAUUUGGAGCUGCACACAAGUUUUGUCCCUGGUGGGUCAGAAUCUAUUUAUGAUGUUGAUCAAAGGGUUUCUAAGAAAACACAAGUGAUUCCUUCCCUACCUGAGGAUAGGUUCCUUUGUAGCUUCAACCAUAUAUUUGCAGGUGGAUAUGCUGCUGGGUAUUACAGUUACAAGUGGGCUGAGGUGUUGUCUGCUGAUGCUUUCUCAGCAUUUGAGGAUGCCGGAUUGGAUGACAGCAAGGCUGUCAAAGAUACUGGGCAUAGGUUCCGAGAGACCAUUCUUGCUCUUGGGGGCGGAAAACCGCCAUUGGAGGUGUUCAUUGCAUUCCGAGGGCGUGAACCUUCACCGGAGCCACUACUCAGGCACAAUGGCCUAUUGUCAGCCACAGCCAGUGCUUGAGUUCGGAGAGGACAUUUAUCUUUGUUUUCUAGCAUCUCUCUUCUUUAUUUUUCUCCCAAAGAAAAGCUGUUCACAUCUCAUAAGCUAUAUUUAAAUGUUAAAUUAUCAUGAUGGGAGAUGUUUACUUUUUAUGGUACAUUCACUUGGAAAAAUUAUGGACAUGCUGUCUUCAAGUCUUGCUUAA